CAAACAUCAACUAGACACUCGUCUUCACUUUCCUUUAGCUACCAGUUUUUCUGUUUUUAUCAAAUAAUACGGUUUGUUUUCAUUAGAAUAAUUUUGCUAGUUAGAUAUUAGUUGAUAGCUAACAGUAAGUCAAAGAAUGACAUCCGUUUUACAGCCUCAAAAGGAGGCUCCAAACGGGACUUACACAUUCGCCAGUCGCCCAAGACCUGUUCAAAACCGUACCAAAUACAGAGAGCCCGUCGCAGAGCAGUAAGUUUGAUAGACAUCAUUGGUUUGAUAACUACAUAUGCUGUCAGUAACUGACAAUUUAGCCAAAGGCUCACUUCAGCAGCAUAAACAAGUAGAUUUCUUUGCAUAAUGCAUAAUGAAAUGAGUAGCUAGCAAGUAGCCAGCAUAGCAGAGUUGGGGUCAGUUCCAUUUCGAUUCCUGUCAGUUGUUGUACUGUAUGUGUUGCAGGGUCAGGCAGCUGAAAUGUUGUUAGCAACUGUUCAGGUUUUCAAUAAGUAGUCUAUCCCGUCUUGAUUGAUCGAAAACAGGUGCAAAAACAGGUGCAUUAAUGUAACUGCAGUAAUGCACGGUUGUGGAUAAGUGUAUGCUAAUUAGUUUUUAUCAAGAUUUUACUUUUUUUUUUAAACGUGAGCGCCUGUUUCCUUGCCAUGCAGAAGUGAUGAACAGAGUAAUUAUGGAAACAUCAUGUAUGACCGACGUGUUGUCAGGGGAAACACAUAUGCCCAGCACAUCCUACCAGUGGUGAGUAUUCAAUGAAUCCCUCCAGCUCACCAAGUCAGAUAUUGAAGGUGAUAAUCACAUUGGAAUUUUUUUCUCCAUUACAUCUUGUAUCAUUAUGUAUUGGCCAGGCAGCUCAACAUGACCCUAUUGAGGUCCAGAGACAGCAGGAGGCCAGAAGGAGAGCCUUCGCUCGGAAGCGUGCCAUGGAGCAGUUCAGGCUCAGGACUCCAGAGGCUCUGGAGGGAAGGAAGCACAUAGAUGUACAGACAGGUAAAACCUAAAUCUAUGGGUAAAACAGUACAGCAUCUCAGCUGCCUACUGUCAUUUUUGAUUGAUAGGACAUCACAGAGGAUGGAUUAUUUCCAGAGCUGGAAAUAAUUACUUGGAUUAUUUCAGAGCUGUAUCUUGAGGAGCUGAAUGAUCGCAUAGAGGACACCAGCGUCGAGUGCCAGACCGAUGCCUUCCUGGACAAACCGGCCACCCCCCUCUUCAUUCCUGCCAAGUCCGGUAAAGAUGUGGCCACACAGAUCGAGGAGGGAGAGGUAUUACACGAUGACAGAACAUAUUUUUAUUUUUCCCUCUUUUUCAUUGCUGGUCAAUGAAAACAAUUCAACAUUUGUGAAGGAGCUUCCUUCAAAUGGAUUGGCAACAGGUUUAAAACACAUUAGGCAUGUAUUUGUAUUUAUUAUGGAUCCCCAUACUCUUCCUGGGGUCCAAACAACACAUUAUUACAACACUACUCUACCACUACAUGUCUACAAUACAAAAUGUAUAAUACAACAAUAUUACAGUGUGUGUGUGUUUGUGUGUGUGCAUGUUCGUGCGUGCGUGCGUGUGCCUGUGUGGGUGUGUCUCUUCACAGUCCGCAUUGUUCCAUAAGGUGUAGUUUCAUCUGUUGAAACUCACUCUUUAACCCCUCCCUGCCCAUGUCCCCUGCCUGGCCCUGCAGCUGUUUGACUUUGACAUGGUGGUGCGCCCGGUGCUGGAGGUGCUGGUGGGGAAGACGGUGGAGCAGGCUCUGCUGGAGGUCAUGGAGGAGGAGGAGCUGGCCAGCCUGCGGGCGCAGCAGCGGGCCUUCGAGGAGCUCCGCAACGCCGAGCUGGUGGAGGUGCAGCGGUUGGAGGAGCAAGAGAGACGCCACCGUGAGGAGAAGGUACAGGAACAGGACCACCAGACAUGGCUGCUGCCACACGGAUACAUGUAACCAAUUCUCAGGUCAAUAGAUAAAUGAAGGGAUAGGUUAGUUUAAAAAGUUAAUGUCCAUUACUCUCAAUCAAUAGUGUAACAGAGGUGGUUUGUUAGGGUGCUGAGUGGUGGUCUGCUCGUGUGAUGAGUAACCUUGCCUGAGACCUGAACAUUAGCUUCCCGAGUGAAAGCCUAGGCAAUUAAUCAGCCUGCAGGGAUUGACAUUAAGGUCUGAAAGACACUCGUCCAUUGGGCAAGUCAGGAGUAUUUUGGCUGUUAUCAGUCAAAUAAAAUAAAACGCCUGCCUAAUGGGGCAACCUCAGAGCAAAUGGGGCAACCUCAGAGCAGGCUCAACUUGCGCGACUACUCAGGUCACUUGCCUCAGGCAAUGAGGCAACCCUUAAUGUCAAUCCCUGACCUGGGUUCGAUACCUGCUCGGCCACCAUAGCAUGAGGUUCCAGACAGACUCUUUGGAGGGAAACAAGUGAACCAUGACUUUCAUUAUCUCUCUUCUCUAAACAGGAGCGUCGGAUCACCCAGCAGCGAGAGGUGCUGAAGAAGGAGAUGGAGACUGCGGACAAGAUUGCGGCGCGGGCGUUUGCCCAGCACUACCUGGCCGAUCUGCUCCCCUCGGUCUACACCACGCUGAGGGACCACGGCUACUUCUACGACCCUGUGGAGAGAGGUCAGUCUUCCCCCAGGGCCCUUAUUAGAAUCCCCAUUAGCUGUUGCGAUAGCAGCAGCUGGUCUUCCUGGGGUCCACAUGAAGAUCCAUGGGAGAAUCUCAAUGUAUACUCCUCGCGUCCUCUCUCCUCACCUCCUUCUCAAAACUCAUUGGAGGAGAAGGUCAGAGGGCAGGGACAACUGGCUUUCUCAUACAAUGGGUUUUGAGAAGGAGGCGAGAGAGGACGCAAGGAGUAUGCAAUUGAGAUUCUCCCUAUGUAUAGUUCAAGUACCAACAUGGAUAUUUACAGUGUUUAACAUUCAAUGUGUUUUGCAUGUUUGCUCUGGUCUUCUCUAAUGUCCAGAUAUUGAGACUGGCUUCCUCCCGUGGCUGAUGGCUCAUGUCGGUAACACUUUGGAGAAGAGAUACGUGGCAAGAGCAGUGCUGGACAGUAAGUGGAUGGAUGCAGUUCUGAGAUUUUUCAAAGAUCAAUACUUUGCAUCUCCAAAUCUGUGCAGUAAUCACAUUCCCAUAGGCCUACCACAAAAGUGCAUUUGCUGUGAGGCCCUCUUGAGAUUUAACUGGUCAUGAACAUGGUUUUGGCUCCAUCCAGUGGCCAUUGUUUAAUACUACAGAGGCCAUUGUAAUUUAGAGAACCAGCCCCCCUGGCAUUUACAGUGCUGCGGUUCUGAACUCAAAUAUCCUACAAAGACCAUGAUGCAACAUAUAACAUGCCAUUUCAAAGACACGUUUAUAUCUGUUUUAUACCCACAAGGGGUACUAGACCCACAAGGGUUAAACCCACCAGGGUACUCUGACGCAGACCAACAGAGUUAUAGCAUACCCUCUCCGUCUUUGUUUCAGUGCUCAUCCAUGAUGUCACCCAGAAGAGGCCCCACGACCACUCGUCCCAAUGA